CUCUUCAUCUGCAGAGCCCAGCGGCCAAGCAAAAGUAGGGAGAGAAGAGGCAGAUGAACAAGGCCAUCACGGGCGCAUGGGCUCAGGCCGGGUCAAAGAAGUCCACAAAGAUCAGCCUCAACGCGCCGAGCCCGCAAGCGACGCCAUCUCCCGCUCCUGCAGCUGCUGCUGCUGCGCAGGGAGACGUGUACCUCCCUCCCAAAUCGGCCGCGGCCGCGGCUGCACAGCGAGAGGCCGAAGCGGCACAAGAUGCAGCUGCUGAAGGAGGUAGCGACUCGGCGCUUGCAACGCCAGGCGAGCCAGAUACGGAGAAUGGGAGGGCAUUGGCGAAACGAAAAGCGCGGCUAACGGCCAGCUCUUCUAAUGGAGCCUCGUCCAGCUCGAAGCGGAGAAAGGCAGCGUCCUCGUCCAAGCCCGAAAGCAACGCGCAAAUACCCACGGCGAGGCUCAAGGAUCUCGGAGGUGUCUCUAACGCUCUCGACAAGAUCCUCGAGCUCAUCGCUGUCCCCCUCUGCCACCCCGAAGUUUACACGCACACAGGCAUCAAGCCACCGCGAGGCGUGCUCCUCCAUGGCCCACCAGGAUGCGGCAAGACGAUGCUGGCCAGCGCGCUAGCGGGCGAUCUCAAUGUACCCCUGCUUUCUGUUAGUGCUCCAUCGAUUGUAUCGGGCACCUCGGGCGAGUCGGAGCAGACGUUACGACAGCUCUUUGAGGAGGCCACAAGGACAGCGCCUUGCAUCCUCUUCUUGGACGAGAUUGACGCAAUCACGCCAAAGAGAGAGACGGCGCAGCGCGAGAUGGAACGUCGAAUUGUGGCCCAGCUCUUGACCUGUCUCGAUGACUUGACGUGGGACAAAACAGACGGAAGGCCAGUCAUGGUCAUUGGUGCGACAAAUAGACCUGAUUCGCUCGAUCCUGCGUUGAGACGGGCUGGUCGCUUCGAUCACGAGAUUGCAUUGGGGGUGCCCGACGAAGCGGGACGAGAAGAGAUCUUGAGAAUCCUCUGCAGCAACCUCAGGCUAUCUGGAGAUUUUGACCUACGGGCCCUAGCAAAAGCUACUCCCGGCUACGUGGGUGCCGAUCUGGUGGCGCUGACAGCCGCCGCUGGUAUUCGAGCGGUCAAGAGAAUCUUUACCGAGCUGGCCAUCGAGACGCAAGUGCAGCAACAGCAACCUCAGGCCGACAUCGAGAUGCAGGAGGGUGGCGCAGAGGAGCAAGGGGAAGAUGAGCAGCAACAGCAACUUGUUGAGGAAGGAAAGCCGGGUCCGACUGAUGAAGAAGCGGUCAAUGAGCAGCAUGAACAACCGCGAACGCAUGCCAUGCCCUCAUCUUCGCUAUUCGACGCGCUGCCUCCCUCCCUCAAGUCAAGUUCCAUCGCCAUUUUUCUUCAGUCUAAUCAAGGUCCCUUGGCAAGCGAGCAACUCGAUCGACUGCGGAUCACACCCAAGGACUUCGAGCUUGCUCUUCCAUCUAUUCAGCCAUCAUCCAAGCGAGAAGGGUUUGCGACGGUGCCCGAGGUCACAUGGAAUGACGUUGGAGCCCUGCAGGCAACGCGCGAGGAGUUGGAAAUGACGAUUGUCGAGCCUAUCAAGCGGCCAGAGCUCUUUGCCAGUGUCGGUGUCACGAGCUCUGGCGGAGUCCUUCUCUGGGGUCCACCGGGUUGUGGAAAGACGCUGUUGGCCAAGGCGGUGGCCAACGAAUCGGGAGCCAACUUUAUCAGCGUCAAAGGCCCCGAGCUUCUGAACAAGUACGUCGGAGAAAGCGAGAGGGCUGUGCGACAGGUUUUCGCAAGGGCAAGAACAUCCUCGCCCUGCGUCAUUUUCUUCGAUGAGCUCGAUGCUCUGGUGCCGCGACGAGACGACGCACUGUCUGAGUCUUCAUCGCGGGUCGUUAAUACGCUGCUCACGGAGCUCGACGGCCUGGAGUCGAGGGCGCAGACGUAUGUCAUUGGCGCGACAAACCGUCCUGAUAUGAUCGACCCUGCCAUGUGCCGACCAGGACGACUCGACAAGCUCCUUUACGUUGAUCUACCCACUGCUGGCGAGCGUCAGGAGAUCCUAAGCACAUUGACAAAGAAGACGCCCUUGGGAGGCGAUGUGGACCUGAGCGCGGUCUCGUUUGACACACGCCUCGAUGGAUUUAGCGGUGCUGAUCUCGCGGCCCUGACACGGGAAGCGAGCGUGCUUGCCCUACGUCAGACUUUAAGAGAUCCUUCUCUGCUUCGGGCUUCGGACAAGGUCGUCGUCCUACAGCAGCACUUCCUCCUGGCCAUGUCGAAAGUGUCGCCCAGCGUUGGACCAGCACAGAGGCAAAAGUACGAACGGCUGCGACACCGUCUUUCUGGCCUGCCCAUGGGCAAGGAUCAUCUCACGAGUGCAGCCCCUGCCGCUCCUGCUGGCGGGGACGGGUCAGGCCCACAACCUGCACAGUAGGUAUCUUAGCACUAGGGACAGCAACCUUGACCCUUGGCAUCAUGUAAUUGUAUGGACCUGCAUUAGUGAUCGAUGUGCCUGAAGACGG